ACACACUACAGGCAGUCGGCUGCUGAGUGAUGCUAUUUGUACGGUGAUAAUGCUGCUGCAUGGAGGAGGAACGGAGACAUGUGUGGGAAGUCAAUUAAACCGAGUUGGCAGAUUCCUCACACACACAAACACCCAUCACUCCUCUGAGUUCAUUUCCAGAAACAUCCUUUAAAUAACAAAAUGAGCCGUGUUCAACAGUCAUUCUGGUUGUCAUGGCAACAUGGGUCCAGGUGUUUCCAUCCAUAGCUGCACUGGGGUCCAGAUGUUUGACGCGAGCAUCAUUUGUCUACACCUUUCUCCCUCUGUUGUGUAGACGGCAAACAGAAGCUGUGUGUGUGUGUGUGUGUGUGUGUGUGUGUGUGUGUGUGUGUGUGUGUGUGUGUGUGUGUGUGUGUGUGUGUGUGUGUGUGUGUGUGUGUGUGUGUGUGUGUGUGUGUACAGCUGGAGGCAGCAGACAGGCAGAGGGGAUUUUGGGAAGGCGUCUGUCGCAGUGAUUUCACGGUUGCGUGGUUUCAGAGAAAGGGUGACAGAAAAGGGCCUAACAGAGAUCACAGCUGUCACAUCUCAUCACACACACUGACUCAGCCCAACUAAAAAAUCAACAGGAUUCUCCUCAGCGUCGGCCCUGCUGGUCUAUGAUCAGGACACAGUUAAUGUGUGAACUUUCUCUUUCUGGUCUUUGGGUGAGCUGUGACAAACGGUGAAGCCCUUUGCCGCUGCAGGUUCAGUCGUCUUACGAAGAAACAACCUGUGGAUGUGUUUACAGACGUGUGGUGGGAUUUAACACUGAUUCAAUGUGCAGCCACCAGGACAGCAGCUGCUCCGUGGCAAGAAAAAAGCACGGACCACGUGCAACCGGCUUCAUGUCCCUCACGCUGAACGUGUGGUUGUGGUCCAUUACACCAUGAGCGAUCAUCUGUUCCUUCACCAGGCUGAGACAGGGGGCUCCAGGUCUUUUGGGCCUGCUGGGCCGUCAGGGUCCCCCAGGUUUUCCUGGCUCUCAGGGGCCUCGAGGAGACAAGGGCCAUAGAGGAGAUGAGGGACCAAUAGGAGCUGCAGGAAUGAAAGGCGACCCAGGGGCUGUUGGUGUUCCUGGUUUUCCAGGUUCAGAAGGAAUCCCAGGUCACCCGGGUCCUGCUGGAGGUCCUGGUCUCCCAGGUCUUGAUGGAUGUAAUGGAACAAGAGGACAAAAAGGCUUUCAAGGACCUGAUGGAGAACAAGGACCUGGUGGAGAACAGGGGUUUCCAGGUCCCAAGGGAUUUCCAGGAGAUCUAUCAGUGUACUACAUACAGUACCCUGGGGUGCCAGGAGACGCUGGGCCUAGUGGACUUCGUGGACAACAGGGUGAAAAUGGUUUACCUGGACAAAGGGGACUUUUGGGUCCUGUAGGACCAGAUGGAACCAAGGGUCUCCCAGGCCUAGCUGGUCCCAGGGGUCCACCUGGAGAAAAAGGCCGAUCUCUGAUUGGUGAUAAGGGAGAUGAGGGGGAGCAGGGCCCUCAGGGGCCUCCAGGUCCAUUUGAGGUUGUUGAUCCUCCUGAAGAACUGUACGUUAAAGGAGACCAGGGUCCUCUGGGGGUUAAAGGAGCCUGUGGAGUUCAGGGACUCCCGGGUGUGGACGCUUCCCCAGGGAUCAAAGGAAAGAAAGGAGUUCUGGGAUUCCCUGGACCCAGGGGAUUUCCUGGUAUCCCUGGUCCACCUGGACAAAAAGGACCAAAGGGGUUUCAAGGAAGUCCAGGUCUUCCAGGUCUGAUUGGACAAGAGGGAAUAAAGGGCAUGAAGGGAGAGCAAGGUCUUAAAGGCCUCCCUCAGGAAGCAGAUGUUAUCCACACAGGUGUCGCUGGCGAUCCUGGGGCCCCUGGACGCCGUGGCCCACCAGGAGAAUUGGGCCUAAUGGGAAGACCCGGUGGUCAAGGAGUCCCUGGUAGAGGCAUACCUGGACCAGCAGGAAUUGUGGGUCCAAGUGGAGUUCCAGGAUUUAAAGGGGAUCCUGGAGAUCCAGGUUUGGUUUAUGCUGGUGAACUCACACCUGGAAAACCUGGAAAACCAGGAACCCCGGGAUUCAGAGGGCCCAAAGGAGAACCAGGAAGUCCAGGUCAAUACUGUCUUUCUGGAUUCCCGGGAGAGUCUGGACAGAAGGGUCAACAGGGACCUUUAGGGCCUCAGGGUUUCCCUGGAUUUAAAGGUAGCCAUGGUGACUGUUCUUGUGGACCUCCUGCUAUACUGAUUGGCCCUCCUGGCCCUAUGGGCAGCAUAGGAUAUCCGGGGUUUCCUGGCUCCCCAGGAGCCCCAGGAGAGAGAGGAGACACAGGUUUACCUGGGGAGCAAGGUGGUCGUGGUCAACAGGGUCAGGGUGGGUUUCCAGGCCACAAAGGGCUGAAAGGUCAGAAGGGAGAUUACAUUGUGGUGGAUAUUGUGGGCGACAAGGGAGAGAGGGGACAACCGGGCUAUGCAGGCAGACAAGGAUUCCCAGGAAGAAAAGGACUCGAUGGGCUCCCGGGGCCUCCUGGAGACUUUGGCUCACAGGGUCAAAGUGUUCCCAGUCUUCUGGGAGAAAGAGGUUUACCAGGACUUCCAGGACCAAAGGGAUUUUUAGGAACUGGAGGCCCACCAGGACUCGGUAUAGUUGGAGCAACAGGAGAACGUGGGUCUCCUGGAGAAGCGGGACCUCCAGGAUUCCCUGGCUUUCUAGGGCCAAAGGGGGCUAAAGGUGACACUCCAGUUGCAAAUUUGCCAUGUGCUUUAAAAAAUCCUGGUCUCCCCGGGGAAAAAGGGAACACUGGAAAUACAGGCCACACAGGACUCACAGGUCCUCCAGGGUUUCGUGGCAUCACUGGACGUGAUGGCGCCAAAGGAGAAAAGGGGUAUUCAGGAAUUCCUGGACCACCUGGAAGACAAGGACCGCCAGGUUUUGUUGGUGAUAUUGGUGAAGAAGGACCUGAAGGCUUAAGUUACGAUGGUGAUGCAGGUUUGCCAGGGAAGAUGGGCAUUAUUGGACUUAGGGGUCCUUCAGGGGACUCUGUUGUUGGGCCUCCAGGACCUAUUGGCUUUCCAGGACAACCAGGACCCCAGGGACAAAAAGGAGUACCAGGGCCACCAGGCAACAUAGGAGCUCCAGGCAUCUUAGGUCACGCUGGGAAUCCUGGACCCAAGGGUCAGAGCGGCCAAGAUGGGGCUCCUGGUGUACCUGGUCCUCCAGGCCCCUCACCUGACCUAUGCGAUGCAGGAAAUCCAGGUCCUAGGGGCGCCUCUGGUCUACAGGGCCCUAUUGGACCCCCAGGUUUUCAAGGGGAGAAAGGUCAGACCAGAGAGGCAGGUCCUCCAGGCUUUGGCCUUCAAGGACCUGUUGGUGAGCCAGGUUUUUCAGGUCUUCCAGGGUCCCCAGGACCCCAGGGCCUUGUUGGUCCCAUCGGAGACUCAGGGCUGCCAGGGAUUGUGGGUCAGAAGGGAUUGUUGGGACUUCAAGGAGGAAAUGGGCCUCAAGGAACCCUGGGACACAAAGGGACCUCUGGAGCUCCAGGAUCUAAAGGAGAGAGAGGGUCAAAUGGACAAGAUGGUGCUCAAGGAUGUGAAGGGCCACGAGGAGAGAAAGGACUUAAUGGGUUUCCCGGACCUCCAGGAGAGACCAUUGUCAUCCCUAUUAAGGGGUUGAGAGGAAACCCAGGACCCACAGGCAUCAACGGCUUCCCUGGACCUCGAGGAAGUAAAGGAGCACCAGGACCUAAUGGUGAGCCAGGAUAUCCAGGAACCAAUGGACCUCCAGGGGUUAAAGGACAGAAAGGACCAUUUGGGUCUGUUGGAAAACCAGGGGAUCCGGGACCACCUGGUCAUGACGGACCUCCUGGAGUCGUUGGCUUUCCUGGUCUGAUGGGAGAUUCAGGUGACACAGGCUUUCCAGGAAAAUCUGGAGAACCUGGUCUGCAAGGAUGUCCUGGGCAGAAAGGUGAUAAAGGGGACUCUAUUGGGUGUCCUGGUCUACCUGGAGAGAAGGGGCCUCCAGGAGACUCUGGAUCCCCAGGAUGUCCUGGACAUCGAGGAGAUCCCGGAAAACCCGGUUUCAUUGGAGCUCCAGGUCAGAAAGGAUGCAAAGGAGAUCCAGGUGACCGAGGAGACCCUGGUGAGCAAGGAGUUUUGGGUCUAACAGGUCCUAGAGGUUUUCCAGGUCAUCCAGGUUUACCUGGUAGGGCUGGAAGCGAUGGUCCUCCAGGCCCACAAGGCUUUACAGGACUCAAAGGUCCUCCAGGACCACUGGGACUUCAUGGACUAGAUGGACUAAAAGGCGUAAAGGGGUACACUGGCAGCAGAGGUCUCAGUACAGCAGGACCUCAAGGUUCCAAAGGACUUCCAGGAAACAAGGGUCCUCCAGGUCACCCAGGUCCCUGUGGUCCAUCACAACCUGGACCACCCGGACUCAAAGGUCCCCCAGGACUUACAGGACCUCCAGGUGAUGAUGGGCUUACAGGUAAACAAGGACUAGAAUGUAAAGGUUUAAUUCCAGGUCCACCUGGAGAUCCUGGUUUUGCUGGACCAGAUGGAGACGUAGGUUGUCCUGGUGAUGUAGGUAACCCAGGUCCAAACCCACCAAUACCUGGGGAUGUUGGGGACAAUGGGAACCAGGGGUGCACAGGGCCAGCAGGCUUAAGGGGGCCGCCAGGGAUCAAAGGCCUGCAAGGCAUUGCUGGAGAUUUUGGAGUAAAAGGUAUGAAAGGGUCACCAGGUUUGAUGGGAAUACCCGGUCAUCAAGGCUCCAGAGGUUGCCCUGGUUCCAGUGGACUUCCAGGACCAAAGGGAUGUGAUGGACCCGUGGGCCCAAAGGGAGACAGAGGAAAUGUUCUGGUACCCAUUAUCCCUGAUGUCCCACAGAGCCCCCAAGGUCUCCCUGGCCCUCCUGGUCCACCUGGAGCAACUGGCCUUGUGGGAGAAAUUGGCCUAAAUGGAUUGAAAGGUGCAAAGGGGGACAGUGGCGUUUUAGGCCUAGAAGGUCCUGUUGGGCCCCGAGGUCCACCUGGAGACCAAGGAAAGCCAGGCUGUUCAGGGGAAAGAGGAUUAGACGGAGAAAAAGGUGAUCCUGGUCCAAGGGGGGACCCGGGGCCUCCUGGAGACGCCAGGAACGUGAACUCUGGCUUCCUGUUAGUUAAGCAUAGCCAGUCAAUGGAUGUUCCCACUUGUCCACAACGCAUGAAAGAGCUUUGGACUGGAUACAGUCUGCUGUACCUAGAGGGUCAGGAGAAGGCUCACACUCAAGACCUGGGUCAGGCGGGGUCAUGUAUGCCCGUUUUCUCCACCAUGCCAUUCGCCUCAUGUAACAUGGGGGCCUGCUCUUACGCCAGUCGGAACGAUAAAUCCUAUUGGCUGUCGACCACGGCGGCGGUUCCCAGUAUACCUGUAGGUGGCGCCUCCAUCAGAGAGCACAUCAGCCGCUGUGUGGUGUGUGAGGCCCCAUCUUCACCUGUUGCGCUUCACAGUCAGACGUCCAAGCAGCCUGACUGCCCCCCCCAGUGGACGAGUCUAUGGACCGGGUUCUCCUUCCUCAUGCACACAGGUGCAGGUGAUGAGGGUGGAGGCCAGUCGCUGACAUCAUCAGGGAGCUGUUUGACAGACUUCAGGGCCCAGCCCUUUGUCGAGUGUCAGGGGCCCAGAGGAACCUGCCACUACUUCGCCAACAUUUACAGUUUCUGGCUGACCAGCUCCAACAGCUUCUCCACCACACUAAAGGAGGAGUGGCAGCAGAGGGACAACAUCGGGAGGUGUAACGUCUGCAUGAGGGAGUGAGGACGAUAACGGGAGGAGGAGGGGCAUCGCCUACGUGACCUGAGGAACCGAGCACAAGCUUCUCCAUCUGCAUGUAGGAGUGAAGAGAGACCCUCAAGCUCCUCCAAAGGUGUCGUACCGGGACUGAGGGGGGUCUUCACCUCUUUGGGACAGACAGGACCACACUCUUUGUUUGUCUCAAGGUAACACUGCUGAUCAGACCAGACCACACAUGUCCAACUAGUCUCACACCUGAACUACAGCAUUUUUAUAAGACAAGGGCGGGAGAAAACAUGUUUUGUAGCAGCUGGCCUAUAAUAAAAGAAAAAUGUAAAAAGAUUCACUAUAAACAUUCCAUUACCAAAUUAUUCACGUCCUGUCUCUGAUUCCAUAUGUUUGAACUUAAACACGAUACUAUGAUUAAUUUACCAAAAACCUGUCCCUCAUCACAGAUUGUGUUUUAACCCAUUACUGCAUAGAAUGCGUGGUCUGAUUUGUUCCACUGAGAGGCAGUGUCAGCAUGUCAGUGUUUUGGUAAUAAUUAUGGAAAGAACUGUGAGAAACUGUGAAUAUUGAAAGUGAAUCCUUGUAAAGUCAUUCUGUACCCACAUGUUUGGAGCUUCUCCCUCAGCUCCGCCAAACCUUCUUUUGUUUUUUAAAAGCUUUAACAGUUUCAGUGUUAAAACAAUAAUUAGAUGUUAAAGAGAUGACUAGUGAGUGAGUGAGUCCAGCAUCUAAGUGACAGGACACGCAGGCGCUCAACCGCCACCAGAAGAAACCAGAACAGAACCACAGCAAGAAUUUGAGCUUUUAUUUCCAAAUUUAAUCAUUUACAGCAUCAUCCUGACCUGUUUGUUGAUAUUAUGAAUCUGCAUUUUAUAAAUACAGUUCACUCGAUAGUUUCAUAUAAAACUGUAAUGAAAAACAUAUAUUAUUUACUACGGAACCCCUGAAGAGAAAUGUUGAUCAAUUUUUGUUUUGUUUCUUUAAGGGGAUGGCAAUUUUUUCUGCAAAACUAUUCUGUGCACAUUCAAAGAAAGCAAUUUUGUUAGAUGAAUUUUAAUGUAACCUAGAAUUGAAUAUAGGGACUCGGGCUAGUCGUCACCUAUGUAUCACUGUGCCACUGCGUGCCUUUAAGACCAGCGGUCACUACAGUAUAUACCAAAGAAAAAACGGUAUCACUAGACAAGGUUCUGACAACAUUACAUCAUGUUAAUGGUAACUGUAACUACUGACAGCAAUUGUUGUACAGUGGCACUGAUAUUAACAUUCAUAUAGGAACAUAAUGCAAAUGCAUGAUAGAUACGUCAGAGAACCCAUCUCAUUCUCUGAUUUACAACAUUGCUUCCCACAACAAGAAAGUUUACAUGCUCAUGAGAAAUUAAAGAAGUAGUUGCCCUUUAGUGGGUCCGUAAUUUAAUAAUUGGACAGAAUGACUAGAUUUAAAUAAAUUCAAUAACCAAGUGUUUAGUUACGGCUUCAGGCUUUGUGGUUCGGGGUCUGGUUCUCUAUUCUCUCUCUGGGAUUUGUAAAUAUGUUUGAAUGCAACCGUUUUAUAUUUUUACUGUAAAUGUCAUCAGAGUAUUUAUUUAGCCUGAAGUUGGUGCUAUUUGAUUUUGGACAGUGAAGCCCUGAUCUUCUCAGCCUCCUCUAAAAUGAUCUGAUGUCAUGACAUUUACUUCAGCAAACCUUAUUAAUAUAUUUAUACAUUACUUCUACAAGGAGUUGAUUGGGAAAAGUUGAUUUAGCUACAGAUCCUUUCAGAGGACUGAUUUAAGGCUAACACCAUGUUUCAGUUUUAAGGCCUUUUUUAUCAGUUAAUCCUGUUUAAAUCAAGACUGUAUAUCAGGUUCAGAACAAAAAAAAAGGAAGAAGUAAAGAGAAUUAAAGAGAGUCUCCGUUACAUGAGAAGGCUGACGAGGUGGAGAAGGGCAUGUCACCAUGUCAUUGUCUGCUGUAUUUAAAAUAUCUGUGAUGUUUAAUCUCUGUAGGUGGAAACUUCUCACUAACACUUGUAAAACAUUGUACCCUGUGGCUGGACAAUCCUUCAAUAAAUCACAUCAGACUUUCACUGAGUCGUCAUUCAAUGACAUCUUGGAUUUUUUCUAAACAAAGUUUAAUAUUUUAUAAAGUUAGCCUGAGUUCAAUCAGAACACACUAGAUGUGGAAUGUACAACAAUGUGCCAAUGCACCAU